CUCUUCUCUCUGUACGUGCACGAUUGCGCAGUUUUGCUGCAGCCUGGAUCCGAACACACACACACACAGCUGCACGGUGCAACAUCAGUGGCUUGUGUGCGUGUACCGUUGAACGCUAACUGUUUGUCGCUGUUACAAGAUAAAUAGACAAGUCGUGUCUUCACCAAAUUAAGCAGGUGAAUUUGAAGUAAUCCAAACCAUAACUGUUCCCUCUCUAUUUGGCUCUGACCAAGUGGGUAUUGUUCUACAAAUGGAUAAUGGAGACUGGGGCCAUAGGAUGACUAGUCCUGUUACUCUGAAUGUGGGAGGCAACCUGUACACCACCAGUUUAUCCACCCUGCAGCGCUACCCAGACUCCAUGCUGGGCGCCAUGUUCAGGGGAGAUUUCCCCACAACCCGUGAUUCCAAGGGGAAUUAUUUCAUUGAUCGCGACGGAACGCUUUUCCGGUACAUCCUGAACUUCCUGCGGACAUCCGAGCUCACCCUGCCCGUGGAUUUCACAGAGACGGAUCUUCUGAGGAAGGAGGCGGACUUCUAUCAGAUCCAGCCUUUGAUUCAGUGCCUUAGCGACCCCAAGCCGCUGUACCCUCCCGACAUCUUCGAGGAGGUCGUGGAGCUCUCCAGCACGCGGAAACUGUCGAAAUACUCGAACCCCGUCGCUGUUAUCAUUACACAGUUGACUAUAACGACGAAGGUCCACUCCCUGCUGGAAGGCAUCUCCAACAACUUCACCAAGUGGAACAAACACAUGAUGGACACCAGAGACUGUCAAGUGUCCUUCACUUUCGGACCAUGUGACUAUCAUCAGGAGGUGUCCUUACGGGUUCACCUCAUGGACUACAUUAUGAAACAAGGCUUCACCAUCAGGAACACGCGUGUGCACCACAUGAGUGAGCGUGCGAACGAGAACACAGUGGAGCAUCACUGGACUUUCUGCAGACCAGCUCACAAAGUUGAAGACUGAGUCGUGGGUGACGUCUGUCUUUUUUUUAUUCCAUAAUUCAUUUGUCGCUAAUAUAUAUUUUUUAAAUUUACAGUAGUGAUGUAAUGGUAUUGUCAAUUUCACAAUGUCGCGAGAACAAAAGUGUCUCGAUAUACCUUUAAUUUGAAAAACUUUUUCGCGUCAGACCAGGGCUUGAUCUAAUCUGUAGUUUUUUUUCUCAAUUGACAGAUCAAGAAGUGUAAUUUUGUUUCCAUAGAGCAAAGUAAAGUGAGAACUACAUCAUCCGUGGUGCUUUCAGAGGUGUUAGAAGAAUGUAGCAUGGAUGUAGGAGGGUGUGAGAGACAGAUUUUCAAAUUGUGGAUACUCACAAUAUCGCAAUAAAGAUCGCACCGUGGACUUUUUUUACCGUGGUAUUAUCUUUUUUUGUGAUAUUUUGAUAUUGUUACAAUGCUAAUUUAGAGCAACAUGCUACAGUACACAAAGCUAAAAGGUGAAGAAAUGGUAAAAAUUUAAGUUAUUGUUUUAUUCACUUUCUUUUAAAUCACAAGACACUUAUUGUUUAUUUCAUGUGCCACUACAUUUUCACACAACACUUUUUUGAGGUUACAAAACAAAGCCUUUGAAUACAUUUUUUUAAAAUUUAGGGAAAUCAUACUGUGCCUCAUUGAUGCAAGAAAGUGCGUACAUCAUUUUUAAUGUCAAUAGUUUUACGUUAAUGUGGUUCAAACAACUGCAUUUUUUUAAAAACCCACUCAGUGAAUAUGUGAUGUGAACAAGUUUGUCUUUGUCAAAAAGAAAAUGGAAAAGAGUCUUUUUGUUUGUUUUAUUUUUUUUACAUAAUAAAAAUGAUUAUCUUUAGGCCAGUUUCUUACUGGAGCGUUUACAGUAGGUCUUAAACUUAGUCCUUUAGCUUUUAUUAAGAGUACAGUACAGUGUCUGACGACCUAUAGUUGUUGCAUGUGUCUGUCUCGUGUACGUAAAUGUAUUUUCUGUGAUUGAUGUGUGUGGUCGUUUCAGUCAAAAUAAAUACAUUUUUGUUCUGGUCA